AAUGACAUAAAAGCAUAAAAACAUUUGGAAAUGUUUAUCUAUUAUUUGGGGACAAAAAUACAACAAUUUUAUUUUAUCUAAUCAGCUAAUAUGGAUGACGAAAAAACAGUGUGGUGCGGAAAUUUAUCGGAUAAAGUUACAGAGGAACUACUUUUUGAGUUAUUUCUUCAAGCAGCUCCCUUAGAACGAGUUAGAAUUCCAACGGACAAAGAAGGUAGAAAAUCGAAUUUCGGUUUCGUCACAUUCAAACAUCAACAAUCCGUGGAAUAUGCAGUUCAAUUAUUAAACGGCAUUCGAUUAUACGAUAAAAAUUUGAACAUCAAACCUAGAAAUCCAAAUUCCAACACUACUAAUAGAUUUCCGGAAAAGAGUUUCAAUAAUGAUUCUUCAUAUAAAAGUGGGAAUUUAUCGCAACCUGUGAAGUAUCCUAGUAGGGAUGACAGAUGUACUCCUAAGAGUUUUAGGGAUAAUUACAGAGAUGACAGACACAGAAGUAAUUCUUACAGUAGAUAUGAUAGUAAUAGAGAUCGACAUGAUUCUAAUAGAAGAAAACAAAAUUAUGAUAGAAGGGACAAUUUUAAACAUAGAGGACGCGAUAGGAGAGGGAAUAGUGAUAAAUAGAUUUUCCAUAAAAUUCCGUUUUUUCCAAAAAAAGUUUUCAACCACUAAUUUCAGGAAGGAAAACCAGUGAUGAAUAUAUACGGGAUGAUGCUUUUAAGCAAAGAAAUAUGAUAAUUAGGAAGAUUAUAUCAUCUGAAACUCCCGGUGGGACGAACUGUGCAUUAUCGAUGUUGUAGAAAUAAGUUUUGAUGAUGAUUAAUAAAUAAAAACAAGAAACAAAUAAAAAAAUA